CGCUAUGGAGUGGCUCCGUGGCGAACGCGUGACCCUUUGCUUUGUCCUCUCGGUACUCCCCCCUCUCGCCUAGGGUUCGCCCCCUCGCUGGUGCUGUUGGAUUUCCGGCCACCAGAUCGCAAUCAACCACUUUCGAUCAUUGGAUCCGUUCUCUUCCGUCAGGGAUCCGCUAGAACUGUGUGGGGUUUCGGCUUCUCGGUCGUAUCUGGGGGUAGAUUCUUGCCGGCGACCAUGUUUCUUAUAGAUUGGUUUUACGGAAUCCUCGCCUCGUUGGGGCUGUGGCAAAAGGAGGCUAAGAUCUUAUUUCUUGGACUCGAUAAUGCGGGGAAAACGACUCUGCUUCACAUGCUUAAGGAUGAGAGGUUGGUCCAGCACCAGCCAACACAGUAUCCGACGUCGGAAGAGUUGAGCAUCGGGAAGAUCAAGUUCAAGGCUUUCGAUCUGGGUGGGCAUCAGAUCGCUCGCCGUGUCUGGAAGGACUACUAUGCGAAGGUAGAUGCAGUGGUUUACUUGGUAGAUGCAGCUGACAAGGAGAGGUUUGCAGAGUCGAAGAAGGAACUUGAUGCCCUCCUUUCAGAUGAUGCGCUGGCGAACGUGCCGUUCCUUAUAUUGGGUAAUAAGAUUGACAUACCAUAUGCAGCAUCUGAGGAUGAGCUACGCUACCACCUGGGCUUGAGCAAUUUCACCACCGGCAAGGGCAAGGUAAACCUGGCGGACACCAACGUUCGCCCCUUGGAGGUCUUCAUGUGUAGCAUCGUUCGCAAGAUGGGCUAUGGAGAGGGCUUUCGAUGGAUGUCACAAUACAUCAAGUAGACAUGCUCCCUGUGCCGAGACGAAACAGCUCAUGGUAUUUUCUACCCUGGUCCUCAGGUUCUUAUUGAAGCUGCUUAUCCUGUUAGGUUUUUAAUCAUUUCAUUGUGAUGUUGAAGAAGGAACAAACAUAUCUUAGUGAUAUAGUUUGUCGUUUGCACGUUCAAUCCGUGACUUUCUUAGUUGCUUGUAAAUAUAUUUAUCUUAAGUUAAUACAAUUUGUUUUUCUGUAA